AUGCAGCUCUUUCUGCAGUGCGACUCUAGGGAUGGAGUCUCACUGUUCGAUCACACGUCCGGCGCCUCUAUUGCACCUGCUGCCGAUGCUAACAGUGCAGUUCGCUGGCAGUGGACCACACGUGACGCUGCUGCUCCCCUUGCUGUUCGUGGUCACAUGCUGUCUGCUGAGCGCGCGCACUUUAGCCAGUACAAGACUGCUAAGUCUCUAUAUGACGCUGUUGUUGCGCGCUACUCCUUCCCUGCCUCUGCUGCCCUCAGCCACCUCAUGCUGCCGUACCUGUUCUCUGACCUAGCCGCUUUUGCCACAGUCGCUGACCUCAUUACCCACCUACGCACUAGUGACACCCACUACUGCGCUGCGCUUCCUUCCAAGUUCUGCGCAAAGAACCCCCCCCUUAUGUACAUCACCCUAUUCUGCCUCGUCACCUGGCUCCCUGACUCCCUUUGCUCAGUCAGGGACCACUUCCUCUCCCAUUGCCCCAUCGAGCUCACCGUUGACCUCCUCGAGGAGCGCCUCCUUGCAGCUGAGAAGAGCAUAGUCGCUGUAGGAGCCUCUCGUGGUGACCCUUGUGCCCCUUUCUUCGAGGGGUGCUCCCCCGUCCCCCUUUUGCCCACUGUUGCUUCUGCUGCUGCUGUCGACCUUGUUGGCACCGAGUCGGUCGGGGCUGCGUCUGCUCCUAGUGGGAGGCGCCGCAGCGGCAAGGGCAAGGGGGGCAAGGGUGGUGAAGGGGACGGCGGGGGCGGCGGUGGUGGUGGUGCAGGAGGUGGAGGGGGUGGGGGUGGAGCGUACGUUCUCCGCACCGGCGAGCACAGUGGGGAGAUGUGCGGGCUGCCGCACGCUACACACCGCUGUUUCGGCCGCCUGAUUGACGCUUGGCGCGCACAGUUUCCUGACGCCACUGAGCUCCCUCGCUGGGGUGAUCUGCUUAGGUCGGGGGUUGCUAUCUUCGAUCUUGAUUACGAAGCUAUCCUUGCUGCUUUGUAUGCUGUGACUAUUAGUGCUGAGGGUGACUGUUACCUGUGUGUUCCGCCCGGCCCGAGCAUUGAGGCUGCUGCUCUAGGUGCAAGUGAGUCUGCUGCCUCAGAUGAUGGUGAGUCUGCUCUCUCAGGUACCGCGUCAGCUUAG